GCUGGUUCUGUUGUAGUCGGCGAUUACCUCUUCCCGAGUGCGUCGGUUCUUCCCGAGGAAAAAAAAUGCCAGACCCAGCGAAAUCUGCUCCCGCUCCCAAGAAGGGGUCGAAGAAGGCUGUCACGAAAGUGCAGAAGAAGGACGGCAAGAAGCGCAAGCGCAGCCGCAAGGAGAGCUACUCCGUUUACGUGUACAAGGUGCUGAAGCAGGUCCACCCCGACACCGGCAUCUCGUCCAAGGCCAUGGGCAUCAUGAACUCGUUCGUCAACGACAUCUUCGAGCGCAUCGCCGGCGAAGCGUCCCGCCUGGCGCACUACAACAAGCGCUCGACCAUCACGUCGCGGGAGAUCCAGACGGCCGUGCGCCUGCUGCUGCCCGGGGAGCUGGCCAAGCACGCCGUGUCCGAGGGCACCAAGGCGGUCACCAAGUACACCAGCUCCAAGUAAGGGUACACAAGGAAUGCGACACAACAACUGCUUAACCCCAAAGGCUCUUUUCAGAGCCACUUCAGUAAUCAGAAAAUGGCUGUAAACACAAUGGGGCCGUUAGCCUUUGUUAGGUAUGAUGUGACCGUGGUCACGAGUGCAUUUGUGGUUUUGGGAUUAGGAAGCCUGAAACUGCCAGUGUUGCUGUCUUAUCAGGAAAUCCCUACCGAGUCCUUGAUGGAACCUUUGUAAUAAAGAAUCCUUUGGAGGCAGAGAAA